AUGGAGAACUUGGACUUGUUGGGCUUCCUCAUCAUCACAUUAAACUGCAAUGUGACCAUCGUGGGAAAGAUCUGGCUUAUCUUCAUGAUACUGUUGAGGAUGGUAGUGCUCAUCUUGGCAGGGUACCCCAUCUACCAGGACGAGCAGGAGAGAUUUGUUUGUAAUACUCUGCAGCCAGGAUGUGCCAACGUUUGCUAUGACAUCUUCUCCCCUGUGUCCCAUCUACGGUUCUGGCUGAUCCAGAGUGUGUCUGUUCUUCUGCCUUAUGUGGUUUUCAGUGUCUAUGUCCUCCACCAAGGAACCCAGCUUGCAGCCCAAGGAGCCUGCUGGUCAAAUGGAGUUGCCACAAGCCAUAAGCCCUCUGACCUGACCACUGGAGAGAGGCACUGCCCACAGCCCUGCAGGGCGGGGUGUAGCCUGAGUGUGCCAGAUUUCUCCUCUGGCUACAUCAUCCACCUCUUUUUUCGGACCCUGAUGGAAGCAGCUUUUGGGGCCUUGCAUUACCUCCUCUUUGGAUUCUUGGUCCCUAAGAGAUUCUCUUGUACACACUCUCCUUGCUCCAGCGUGGUAGACUGUUAUGUUUCUCGGCCCACAGAGAAAUCCAUUAUGAUGCUUUUUAUUUGGGCAGUCAGUGUGCUCUCCUUCCUCUUCAGUGUCAUUGACCUGAUCUGCAGUGUUCGGAAACGGAUGGGCAGGAAGCGAAGCCCCAGAGAUGGACACUCCUUCCCUGUCAGGAAGGAGUGUGGAGCCAUGACUUCUCCUCCUAACCACACUGAGGGAUGUGAGGCCUCUCAGAGACUGGGGGAGAGGCUGGGGGAGAUGGAUGAGGAUGGCAGAUGGGGGGAAACGGGGGUGCCCACUCUCCCUGGUGUGUGCACCAGAGGGCAGGAUGUCAACAGCCCCAGCAGUAAAUUGGAGCAGGUGGAGCCCCCCGAUGAAGAUGGGAGUGAAGUGAUGUCCUCAGCCAGCGAAAGGUUGGCCAUGGCUCACAAAGAGCCUGGGGGCAGGUCCUACAGAGAGGUCACCCAGGACACCAGGAGCAAAGGCCCUGCUAGGUCAGAGCAGCAGCCCUCAGCCUCUCGAAGCCACCUGGCUGAGCACUACUCAAGCAGUCAGCUACAACUUGCUGACCGGCUGGCCACCUCUGGCAGCACCCCGCACCUGAGAACCAAAAAGUCUGAGUGGGUAUGA